AUGAAACUUCAGACAUGCGCUUUUACCAGACUGGCGGGUUUAGGGGAGAACUAUGGAAACGAUGUCAUUCGACUAGAGCGAGCCGCACACGCAAUUUCUACUUCUGCUGGCGGCUUAUUCGUCCUCAAUCACCCCAAGGCCAUGGCCGCCUUACAAAGCUUUUCGGUCAAGAUACACCCAUGGUAUCCCAUACUUGAAAGCCGGUUCUCGGAGUGCAUAUCGUCUGUUCUAGCUAACUCCUUUGAGCGGCGUACCGAUACGUUCUUGGUUCUUAUGAUACUGGCGAGCGGGUCUGUAGCUCAAGAAAAAACGCAUGCCGAAGCACUCGAACGUCGGCCGGAUGCCAUGUACCUGAAUCUAGCACUGGAUAUGUUGCAACUGGUUGUUCUGGAACAGAGUUUGCGAAGUGUACAGUGCUUAGUCGCUGCGAGCAUUCACUAUUGCCUACUCCUUAAACCAUUGCAAGCGCACGAUCUUGCCGCAAUGGCGAUUAAAAAGGCGCAGGAUCUCCACAUUACUGGGGCUUUUCAAGACGAUCAAGUGGCUUACGAGCAUUGGAUCCGUGUAUAUCGAAUUGCACUGCUCAUUGAAGGAGAGCUUGUUAUACCUCUGCGACUUGUAGACAGCAACGCAUGGGAGACCGAGGAAGAAAUCCCCUUGCCCACGGGCACUGACAUAUGGUCAUUUGAGGAAGACUCUGAUAUGGACGAAACGGUUGAAAGAAGCCGUUCUGACAAUGUUGUGACUUACCUCCUGGCAGAAAUAUCUAUGAGACGGAUUCUGCGGCGAAAUACUGCAGCAAUUACAGUUUCGACCGACGGCAAGGCUGACUACGCGCCUCUGAUAGCCCAAGAGCUAGAAGUCCAGGUUGCAAGAUGGUAUUCUUUUCUGCCAGGGCCUCUACGCUUUUCCCUGGAACCCGGCGAGCUUGAUGCCGACUCAUCAGACCCGAUCAUCUUUCUGCGCACUCAAUAUUGGGCGUGCAUGGUGUCUUUCUACUGGCCCGCAGUCGUCAAGGUCAUGGACUCACAACAACUUAGUGAAAGCACUAUGAACGGCUGCAGGAGUUACUUCCACUCAUAUCGUCAGUUUAUCAGCAAUGCCACGAGAGCGUUGGAUGUAUGUGUCCCAAACAAGUGGACUAUUUACGCGAGGUCAGUCUGUUCAUCGAUUCGAGCCAAAAGCAAGACCUAA